GGCUUCCUUCCUUCCUUCCCCCACUUCAACGUGCCUUGCCCCUAUACCUUCCCCCACUCACAGUACUAUUAUUGCAACCAAAUCCCAAAAUUCUUAGAGAGAGAAAGAGAAGUUUAGAGAGAAAAAGAGUGAAAAAUUCAUCAUAUGGAGAAGAUGAUGGUGUUUGAGGAAACUGAGCUGAGGCUUGGCCUUGGGUUGCCUGGAAAUGGAGGCACAGCAGCAGGCACUGGUACUGAAGGUGCUGCUGCAGAAGGAGCUGUGAUGAGAAAGAGAGGAUUCUCUGAAACUGAGUCGACUGAGACUGAAGAAACAGCAACCACUACUGUGGAUCUGAUGCUUAACCUUUCCCCUAAAGAAGCUUCUUCUGCUUCGGCUGCUGCUGGUGGGGCAGAUCCACGUGAUAAGCUUAAGACUUCUUCGCCUAAGGAGAACACCCUGCUGGUCUCUGAUUCUGCCAAGCCUCCUCCUGCUAAGGCGCAAGUGGUGGGUUGGCCACCAGUUCGGUCGUUCCGGAAGAACAUGUUUGCGGCCCAAAAGAGCAGCGGAGAUCAAGAGAGCGAGAAGAACAGCAGCCCUAAUGCAAGCUUUGUGAAAGUGAGCAUGGAUGGAGCACCUUACCUCCGCAAAGUGGACUUGAGCAUGUACAAGACUUACAAAGAUCUCUCUGAUGCCUUAGGCAAAAUGUUUAGCUCCUUCACCAUUGGAAAUUGCGAGUCCCAAGGCAUUAAGGAUUUCAUGAAUGAGAGUAAGUUGAUGGAUCUUUUGAACUCCGACUAUGUCCCAACCUAUGAAGACAAGGAUGGUGACUGGAUGCUUGUCGGUGAUGUACCAUGGGAGAUGUUUGUUGAAUCAUGCAAGCGUUUACGUAUCAUGAAAGGAAAGGAAGCUAUUGGACUCGCACCAAGAGCCAUGGAGAAAUGCAAGAACAGGAGCUAGACUAGUCGUUACAAUUGCAACUGCUCAAUAUUCCAUGUGGUCCAAGUUGACUUAGUAACUGAAUCAAGCAAGGUGAAGAAGCUGCAGCAGACACGGAUGGACAAAGAAAGCAGGGUGUUAAAAAUAUAGUUAAUUAUAUUUGUGUAUCAUUAAUAUGGUUUGUUAUAUAAUAUUCCAAACAAAACUGUGAGAUUAAUUCUAAGUAUAUAUUGUGAACAGAAACGAUAAUGACUCGAUCUGAAUUAUGUCGCAAGACUUUAUUUCUUUACUUGUUGUGUGCUUGCAUAAUAGUAAGCUGAUCAAUAAUGUGCUUGUCUGUUGUACCUA